AUGGCAGACGACAAAGGCGAAUUCAUCAAAGCAGCAAGAGAAAUAUAUCAACUGGACGAAACCGGCAGCGAAUCAGACGAAGAAGAACCAACACCUCGAAUCGACGAGCAAACGAAACUGGAGCAUAAAGUGAACCAAUGGAAGGGUGCGCUAGAGAACGGCGGUCUGAAACUAAAUGUUGCGAAGACCGAGUACAUGGCAUGUGGCGGCACGGACCCCGACCCCAUAAAGGUAGGAGACGAUUGUGUCGUGAAAACGAAUAAAUUCAAAUACCUUGGGUCCGUGCUGCACGAAUCGGGUGAAAUCGAUCACGACGUCCAAGCCCGAAUUAGCGCUGCUUGGGCAAAAUGGCGAGAAGUAACCGGUGUCCUCUGCGACCCCAGGAUACCGGUGAAGCUAAAGGGCCUUGUGUACAAGAGCAUCAUCCGACCAGUCCUACUAUAUGGUAGCGAGACCUGGCCUGUCCUCGGAAGGCAUGUCCAGCAGCUUCACGUCACGGAGAUGAAGAUGUCCCUGGCGCCAGGCCGGGAAAACGCUAGGUCGAAGAAGAAGAAGAAGACUAUGUAA